UUGAAACCUCGCCAAGACCCACUGACCGGGUUUCCGUAUUUGCGCGAUGAAUCCCUGUCAUUAUUAGUCCUGCUCCCUGUACCCCACGAGAUGCAUGCUUUCCUACUGCUAUACUCGAGAAGAGGGGGAUGGCGCAAAUAGGAAUAAUUUUGCGAGGAAAUGUCUUCACCGUGCAGAGAAACUGAAGAUUACUGUCCCUGCAGACAUUAUUUUCUUCCACACCUGUCAUGAAGACACGACCGGCGGGCAUCGGAAGUGCUCGGGCGGACUGGAUGGGGUCGCUGUCCCCGAAGCUCACUGCUAUGCCCCUCAAAUACCUCGCUGUGCCAGGGUCCCACGACUCGUUUACAUUCUGGGUGGAUGUGAAGGCACCCGUGGGUCCUGAUCAGAAGGCGUUUGUCAAGUACCUGGCCACCAUCUUCAGACACAUGGCCAAGAAGGUCAUGGUGAAGUGGUCCAUGACCCAGAACCUGACUUUUAGAGAGCAGCUUCAUGCAGGUAUCCGCUACUUUGACCUCCGAGUGUCUUCUAAGCCAAGAGAGCCAGGGAAGGAGAUCUACUUCAUCCAUGGACUCUUUGGACACAAGGUGAGGGAUGGGCUGUCAGAUAUCAACUUGUUUCUGAACAAACAUCGGAAAGAGGUGGUGUUCUUGGACUUCAACCACCACUAUGCCAUGGAGGAGGAGCACCAUGUCUACCUCAUCAGCAUGCUGCAGGAGGUGUUUGGCAGCAAGCUGUGCCGGGCCAGCCCUGUGGAGACCAUCACCCUUGACUUCCUCUGGGAGAAGAAAUACCAGGUGAUAGUGUUCUACCACCACACUUCAGCACAGGGCUGUCCUGUCAUUUGGCCCGGCAACAAGAUCCCGGCACCCUGGGCCAACACCACCAAACCACACAAACUCAUCAAGUUCCUGGAGACCACGCUGCAGGAGCGGCAGCAGCAGGGCUCCUUCCACGUGUCCCAGGCCAUCCUCACCCCAAAGGUCAACACCGUGGCCAAAGGCCUGGUGUGGGGCCUACGCAACUACCUGGUGGAGAGAAACCUUCCUGCCAUCAUGACCUGGGUGGAGGCUCAGAAGCCCGGCGUUGGCGGUGUCAACAUCAUCACCUCUGACUUUGUGGAGCUUACCGACUUUGCCAACACCGUCAUCAGGCUGAACAACCUGCUGCUGUCUGAGAGGGACCACAGCGGGGCUUCGUGACAGAGGACACGCCCAGUGUGGGUCAUUCAAGGUGGAUGAGGUGGUGUGUAAAUGCUCGAGACAGUUGUGGAAUGAUGAUGUCAGCAAGAGGACGGGACACCAAACAAUUGUCAUGGCAACAGGUUAUCUUUGCUCGUCGUUGUUGUUCAGCGUCUGGUUAUAGUGACAAUGAGGUUUGCUUUGCACAGAAGCACCGAGAGUAGGAACGAACAAAUGUGAUUGAAGUUAAGCCAAGGAGAUCGAAUCAUGGAUGGAUAUUGUUGCAUUAUGGGAUUGCAGUGGGAAUUGAUAAGACAGAUAUUGAUAGUAAAGAGGAAGUUGAACUACGCCCUUCCUGCCUGAUGAGAA